GGGCAAUUUUAUAAAAUGACCCUUUGAUGAAUUGAGCUUCUGGGUACAUUUAAGAUGUUAAACGAUACAAAUGUGCUACCAAGCAGCGAGCCAGAUGUAAAGCCGCAUUGGAUAUGCUCACUGGAAGAUGAAUUAGGCUCCCUGGUUUGGGUCACCCUUCGAGAUGAUACCUUUUAUGUUGGACUCUUCAAGUCGUUCGAUCAGUAUGGCAAUAUUGUCAUAACUGAUGCUGUAAAGAAAAUCAUUGUCAACGAAAAGAAGUCCUUUAGUGACCUCUACUGCGGUUACACCGUCAUUAGGGGCGAAAGCAUAUCGUACUUUUGUGCAAUUGACGUUGUUGCCUAUUUGAAAGUGUUUAAUUACGAUGGUUUCGCGGACUCCGAAUGGGUCUCUAGACUCGAGGAAAUGUCGAAAAGCAAGACUACGACCGUAAAUAUUACCAAUUUUAAUUCUGUAUUAAAGUAUAUUGCCCUAGAGGAGGCGUUGCAGCUCGCAAAAGAGGAACGGGAAGCCGAGUGCAAGAAGGCAAGGGCCAUAGACGACAUUAUCGCCAACGAGUAG